AUGGCACACAGGAGACACGGCAGGCUGCCAUGGAAGGAGCUGUUUGAGCCAAGCAUUAAGUUGGCACGCUUGGGUUUCCCUAUAGGCAAAGCCCUGGCCAAGGCCAUCGCCAGCAACGAGGAAGAUAUUAAAAGAAAUGCCAAUAUGUGCGAAGUGUUCUGUGACUCCCAGAAAAACAUCCUGAAGGAAAAUGAUAUCAUUAAAUUUCCCAAACUAGCAGACACCUACAAGAGGAUAGCGGAGGAAGGACCUGAUGUUUUUUACAAUGGGACAAUGGCACAGACAAUUGUUGAUGACAUCCAGGCAGCAGGUGGGAUUAUCACCCUGGAGGACCUGUUGGACUACAGGCCUGUGUUGAAUGAGAACCCACUGAAGCUGACGGUGGGCGAGUACACCAUGCACGUCCCAGACGCCCCCUCCAGCGGCCCAGUCCUGGCACUCAUACUCAACAUAGUGGACGGGUAUAACUUCACUGGCACAAGUGUUUCAACGGCCGAGAAAAAGACUCUGACAUAUCACCGCAUCAUGGAGGCUUUCCGGUUUGCUUAUGCCAAGAGGAGCAAACUAGGGGAUCCACGUUAUCUCAAUAUCACUGAUCUCAUCCACAACAUGACCUCAGACUACUUUGCUGACGGGAUCAGGAGCAAGAUCACAGAUGACACCACUCAUCCCGACAGCUACUACGAGCAAGAUUAUUUUGUCCCAGACAAUCAUGGGACAACACACCUGUCCGUCAUAGCUGAGGAUGGAAGUGCUGUGGCUGCCACCAGCACAAUCAAUCAAUAUUUUGGCUCAAAAGUCAUGUCCCGAUCAACUGGCAUCAUUUUUAAUGAUGAGAUGGAUGACUUCAGCUCUCCACACAUCACCAACGACUUUGGAAUCCCUCCAUCUCCUAACAACUUCAUCCAGCCUGGUAAAAGGCCUCUCUCUUCUAUGUGCCCAACUAUUAUCUCUGACAAAGACAAUAGAGUGAAAAUGGUGGUGGGAGCCUCUGGUGGAACAAAGAUCACCACAGCAACUGCCCUAGUGAUUCUGAAUACCUUGUUCUUUGACUACGACCUCAAAAAAGCUGUGACACUACCUCGAAUUCACAAUCAACUCUACCUAAAUAUGACUGUGGAGGACGGCUUUGAAAAGAGUGUAUUAGAUGGCCUGGUAAAGAAGAACCAUGUAACAAAGACGGUGCAUCCUGAUUCAGUGGUGCAGGCGGUGGUGAGACAGGGGGAGCGGCUCUGUGCCGAGUCCGACUCCAGGAAAGGGGGCUAUCCAGCGGGCUACUGAGUCUUACCUCACCUCUUCCUUCCCAAACCUGGAGUGUACCUCCAUAAAGAGGCAGGGAUAGAGCUAAGUAUCUGGAAAGACACGAAAACAAUUCCUCCUCAAGGUGACACUCUCUUUCUUCAAUUGAAAUUCAUUUCAAGACGUGGAAAAUGACUUUACUCCACAUCAAUACCUCCUCCAUUCACACCAAAUAAUCGGCGGCAUUUCUGCUUUUAUUUCAGCAUUAUUCAUUGUUUAUUUUUGUGUUUUGAAAAAGAAGUGAGGUUGCAACUCUGAAAGUGGCAUUUUUUCAAUCCUAGCUGUAUCAAGAGAUCAUCAUUAUCGAUUAUCCUGAAGAUAGAAGUUUAUUAAUGCAGUGCAGUGGGGUAGCAGAAAGCUAGACUGCAACUUUAGAUUCCUGCUGGAUGUAAAUACCAAUGGGCCAGAACUUUAUGGAUGCCAUGAAUCUUCUGAUAUACAUUAUGAAAUAGUUUGCCUAGGAAAUAUUAGCCAACAUAUUAGUCAAAUUACUCUGUGAUGAUGAGCGAUCAUUCUGUUUGACAGAAAAAUAGCCAUUUAUCUGAGAUUUAAGGAAAGCAAUGUUUUAGGGGAGAAUAUGAACACCAAUAUGGAAGGUUGUCAAAGUAGUUUGUCUGUCCAUUGAACAAAUCAAAUGUAGAGAAAUUACUGUUUUAUCUCUCCAUCAAGGAAAAAUGGUCUGUAUGUUUUAACCUCAGGCCUUAACCUCAGGUCUUAACUGGUCAGGUUGCUAUAUCUGUUGGUGCUUUAUGGGUUGGCUAAAUCACAAACAGAUCUGGCAACCAGGCUACAGGUCUACUAUCUGCCUUAUGAAGAUGUUGGUCACAGGUAGCUACAUUUUUCCUUUCAUGAGGAAGCAUAUUCUGAUCUGUUAACUGAAAACUGUGAUAUCUGUUUUUCCGAUUUCAUCUCAACUCUGACCGUUGCCCAUGGGGGCCUAUUGUUAACAAGGGCUCAAAUAUGGCUGCCAUUUAACUACUCAAAUGAUAUUUUUACAUUUUUUGUGAUGCAGAAUGUUGAGAAAAACACAUAAAUUGUUCAUGUUUAAUAUGUAGUAAGACCAUAGCAGUACAGUGAAUGUAUAGUGUAUUUUACAUUUGCAUAUAUAUAUUUUUAAACAUGCAUUGU